ACAGUCGGAUCGCGCGAGUAAAAGACUGCUAUAUUUUUCUUAACAUUUGAGAGAAAAAAAGUUGUAAAUAAACACAAACAAAUAUACAUCGAACUGGUUUUAACGCGGUAUUAACUGAUAACGCUUAAUGUAUUGUUUUGCCAAUGAGAGAUAACGGGCACGCAGCUGAUAUUGAAAAGUGGUUUAAAGUUGCCUGUAGAUGAAGUGGCAGUGUGAGAGUUUUAAUGUUUAUAAGCAUUAUCGACGAGGACUUUGAAUAGACAUUCUGGUGUAUCCGUCCUUGACAGCCUAAGAGGAGUCAGCCGCGCUUAUAUAUAUGAACAUCGCGAGGACAAUCAGACAGGACCGCUUAUCAGCAACUGUUCGAUAAACUAAGUGCUUGAAUCAGUUAUCUGUGACUCUAGGUGUGUUUGCUCGCGUACUGGGACCACAAUAGGUGAGCUUUAGCCUGUACUGAGUGCGCUCACCAAGGACAAGCCACAUUAAUACCGUAUAGCUGUCACUGGCUUAGCACAAGUACAGCAGACAUACCUUAAAAAUGGCAACCCAGAUGUUACCUCGAGGGUCGGCGCUGGCAGGCGAUAAGUCACGAACUGUACCCAGUGACGACGUGGGAUUGAAUAACAGUUUUCACAGCAGAAGGACCCCGCAGUCGCCAGUGUUUAUUCCUCCAAAUGAGUUCAGGAUGAAACUCUUGAAACGAAUUCUUUCCGUGGAUGGAACCAUUGACAAUAAGGCGCUGAAGAAGUUACAGAAAACAUCCAGUGAACGAACAUUACAAGCGAACAUUUUAUUCGAAAAUGGGGACGUUGGGACUUUAAUAUCGUUAGACAGAAAUAAAGAGGAGUCGGAAAGGAAGGAACCGGAAAACAACGAAAAUGACGGCACCCUGCCACCCGUGCAGACGCAACAAGAGAAGAAACUUGAGCGACCACGUGACGGCUUGCCUCGGGAGCGACCUCUGAAGCUGCCGCCCAUCAUGCUUCCACCGAUGUACACGCUGGCGGCACGGCCGCUGAUGGUGCGCGAUUAUUCUGGACCGCCUUACAUCCCACCGCCCCCGGAAGAGGAGGACUGGGAGGAUCUUCAGGACUGUCGCUACCUCCGCCCCGCCAAGAAACAGUUCAAGGCCACAAAGGGCAGCAAGAGUUUCCUGCUUCUCAACAGCAGCUAAGAUUGAGGACUUCAAAGACCGGAGACAUAAAAAACGUCGUCACUAUUUUCAUCAUGUCGGUUGAUGAAUGAUUGUUCAGCCUGGAAUAUUUCACUAGUCUUCAUUUUCCAUUGGACAAGGUGGCCAUCUUGGAGAUUAGGUCAUUCUCAUUUGGUUGGUUCGUCCAUCUGAUCACUUUCCAGGGAUGGGGUUCAGCCGUCCAUGUGAAGCUUCAUGAAUAGGCUUGUGGACUUAACUGAAGAUGGUAGAGCUUGUACAUUUCGUAUUUAAUACGAAUGGUGCUUCCAUGUUGUCUGGCCCGACAAGGCGUGUAUGUGCGUGUAUUUGUGGCAUCAUAUUUUGUACAUGUCUAUAGGACUUUAUUUAUUGGUAGCAAUGAAAUGUGCAAUUUAGAACACGUGUUAAUGUUCUGUUUUGUAAUUGGUAUGUUAAUGGUCGACAUUCGUUUGGCGAAAACGUGUUUGAUUUUGUGAGUGUGCUUUACCAAUGGCACAACAUCUUUCUAACAUAAAUGGCUAUUAGUAAUCCCUACUGGUAUCCCGGAGAUGUUGUGAACUUUAUAUGACAGGGUUUGAAAUGAACUUUGAAAUGGUUACGCUUGCCUUUUCUAUUUUAGAGUAAGUGAAUAAAAUUCAAAGAAUGAUCGUGUUGAGAUUAUAAGACGAUUUAACAAUUUGUGAUAAAGAUAUUAAAAAUUCAAAUAUCAUAAUAUAUGAUCAAAUGUCGGUGUGUGUGUGUGUUUUGUAUGUAUAUUUGGAACGUUGUGACAUUUAUUCUAUGAAAACCGUCCAUUGUUUUUGUUUGACAUUUAUAUCAAUGUGUUAUAUAAUAACUAUGCAAUAUAAGCAAACGUUUGCGCUUGAAAUACAUUUUUAA